AUGAGCGAGGCGCUGCUGUCACCGAAAGCCCUAGAAGCCAUCCGGGCACUCGAGGAGAGCAAACGGAAUCAGAAACUAUGGUCUCGCGAAGCGGUGCGCCUUCAGACGGCACUGUUGCUGUGCAUGGCGAUGGCGUGCAACAGUCUGAUGAGGGGCAGCAUGUCGUUGGCCAUCGUUUGUAUCGUGGCCAGGAACGUGUUCCCGACUACGGCCAACAACAAUGACACCACGGUGGCGGCGCCGGCGGAGGAUCGGUUUAAUAGAGAAUAUCAAGUCGAUUGGACCUCCGAGGAGCAAGGCCGGAUCCAUACAGCAUAUUACAUCGGCGCCUUUCUCGCAAUCCUCGCUACAGACUACAUUAUUCGAAGAUACGACCCGAAACCGGUGCUGUCAGUAGCGCUACUGCUGAACGCGAUCGGGUCGAUUUGUGCGCCAUUCUCCGUCAUUCUGCUGCAACAUCAUUUGUACCUCGCUGCCGUGCGGUUUUUGAUGGGAUUUGGGAGUGGCCUCAUCGCCCCCUGCGGCCUGUUCAUCAUCUCCAAAUGGUUCCCGAUGACCGAGAAAAGCACGGCUGUGGCCGUCUUUACCACCGGAAAUCAGCUCGGCAUCGGCCUGUCGAUGAUCUUCACCGCCAAGCUGUGCCAGGCCACGUGGGGCGGUGGCUGGCCAUUGGCCUUCAUUGGAUAUGGGCUCCUCACGCUCGUCUACGUCAUCAUCUGGCAGUUCAGGGGCAGCUCGCGGCCACGCUGUUCUAAAUAUAUCACGGCCACGGAAUUGGAGUAUAUUACGGGCCGUCGCGGCAUCAAAAGCCGAGCGAAAAGUGUCGUGCUCAAAACUCCCUGGAAAGAGAUUUUGUUCUCUCGCUGCGUGUCUGCUAUUUGCGUGAACGCCUUCGCGCAGUCGUUCGUCCUCGUGGCCAUGAUCACCUACCUGCCCAAGUUCAACCAGGAGGCGCUGGGCAUGGAUGUGGCCACCAACGGAAUGUGGUGCUCGGUGCCCUUCUUCGUGCAGACGGCCACCAAGAUGCUGUUCGGCAUGUGGGCGGACGCGAUGAAGAAGCGCGGAUGCAGCAGUACAGCAGUGACUUGGGCCUUCAAUGGAGUGGCCACAUUCGCCGCUUCCGUUUUCAUCGUUGCCGCCCCGCUCGCUGCUGCUAGCCCGACCUUGUCGAUGUUGUGCGUCUGCGCGGCGAUGGCGCUAUUUGGGGCCUUCGUGCCUGGGUACAACACGGCCGUCGUGUGUGUCGCGCCGGAGUUCACAGCUACCAUCUCCUCCUAUCAGCAGUUGUACUCGCAAAUUGGCAGCCUGCUGGCCCCGUUUCUCAUUGGGAUAAUCACGAGAAAGGGCACGUACGAAGAAUGGCGAACCGUCUAUCUGAUGCUCGCCUUCGUCCUCAUCAUCGCCGGCCUUUUCUACCAAAUCUGGGGACAUGGUAACGCGGAGCCGUGGGGCAAAAAUGACGGCUCGCAGCUGACGUCGAUUUGCAUCGAAAACGGGGAGCUCGACGAGAAGGGAGAUGCAAUUAGCCGGCAAUCUUCUCGGCGCAGUUUAAACGAGAUCAACGCGCGGCUGGCCAACGAAAAGCCAACGGUGCGGACGAAUCGGACUUCCCGGGUCUCGUACCUCCUCGACUGUGAAGCCAACAUCCCGGAGACGAUCUACGAGCUGGAGAACGACGUAAUAGAGGAGGAAUCGGACCUGGGCGAUGAAAAAGCGGAUAAAUUGAGCGCCCCGAUGACGCGGCGAAGGCUACUUUCUAAAGACCCGGACCCGGAGAUGGUCAACCUCACCGGGAAG